AUGGAGGGGUUCAGCAUCCAAAAGCAUGAAAUCAUUUUCGAGGGCUUCUUGGUGAGACAGGCGAAUUACCUGCAGGAAUGGAGGCGGCAGUGGUGUGUGCUUACUCCAGAGUACUUCUGCAGCUUCAAGUCCCGAAGUGACUACACCAAUCCAACGACUGUCAUCAGAUUAGACCAGUGCCUGUCCAUCAGCUCUGAUCCAGCAAGUGAUGGGCCUGGUGCAUCCUUCUGCGUGACAACCCGGGAGCAGGUCAUGUGGCUUCUUGCAGAAACUCCUCAUCUCCGGAAUAACUGGAUGGCCCGCCUGGGCCGUCAGCUCCUACCCUGCGACGAGUUUGCCUAG